UGCUGGUUAAAACACUCUACAUCAGCUCUGUAGCUUGAGGCAGCUGUUGUGCUGUUGAACAACCGCUUACGAAAGCUGAUGUUUUGUAACGUCGUGUCUGCGAGCGUGACGGACUCGUCGCGACGAGCAGCAGACACCGUGGACCGACAGAGCGGAGGACGCCGUUCACUGUGCGUGUUUCUGAUACAAAUAUUGCUGCUAUAUUGAAAACAAGUAUGUCUGCCUCCCGCACAGUCAUAUGUUUACUAAGAAACGACUUGCGUCUCCACGACAAUGAGCUUUUCUACUGGGCUCAAAGAAAUGCAGAGUAUAUUGUCCCAUUAUACUGCUUUGACCCCAGACAUUAUGUGGGAACAUACAACUACAACCUACCAAAGACUGGGCCUUUCCGCCUGCGCUUCUUACUGGAGAGUAUCAGUGACCUCAGAGACACAUUGUUGAAGAAGGGCAGCAACCUCGUAGUGAGACGGGGUAAGCCAGAGGAGGUGGUUGCCGACCUCAUCAAGCACCUUGGCUCUGUCAGCGCUGUUGCUUUCCAUGAAGAGGUUACUUCAGAAGAACUGACUGUUGAGAAACAGGUGAAGGACGUCUGUGCACAGUUGAAGGUCAAAGUUCACACAUGUUGGGGGUCUACACUGUACCACAGAGAUGAUCUUCCAUUUCACCACAUGUCCAGGCUGCCUGAUGUGUACACUCAGUUCAGGAAGGCAGUGGAGACCCAGAGCAGUGUGAGGCCUGUGAUCCCAACCCCCGAGCAGCUAAAACCUCUUCCCCAAGGGCUGGAGGAAGGAUCCAUUCCUACAGCAGAGGACCUGCAUCAGACAGAGCCUGUGACUGAUCCUCGCUCAGCCUUCCCUUGCAGUGGUGGUGAAAGUCACGCUCUGGCCAGACUCAAACACUAUUUCUGGGACACUGAUGCAGUUGCAACUUACAAGGAGACUCGUAAUGGCUUGAUUGGUGUGAACUAUUCCACUAAAUUCGCACCUUGGUUGGCGUUGGGUUGCGUUUCGCCCAGGUAUAUUUAUCAUCAGAUCAAGCAGUAUGAGAGGGAGCGAACAGCCAAUCAGAGUACAUACUGGGUCAUUUUUGAACUUUUGUGGAGGGAUUACUUCAAGUUUGUAGGUGUCAAAUAUGGAAACAGACUGUUUCAGGUCAAAGGACUUCAAGACAAAUCUGUUCCAUGGAAAAAUGACAUGAAGCUUUUCAAUGCAUGGCAGGAGGGACGAACGGGAGUGCCCUUUGUGGAUGCCAACAUGAGAGAGCUGGCACUGACAGGCUUCAUGUCCAACAGGGGGCGGCAAAAUGUUGCUAGCUUCCUCACAAAAGACCUGGGCCUGGAUUGGAGGAUGGGAGCUGAGUGGUUUGAAUACCUUCUGAUUGAUUAUGAUGUCUGCAGCAACUAUGGCAACUGGCUAUACAGUGCUGGAAUAGGAAAUGACCCCAGAGAGAACAGGAAGUUCAACAUGAUCAAGCAAGGCCUCGACUACGACAAUAAUGGUGACUAUGUGCGCCAAUGGGUUCCUGAGCUGCAGGGGAUCAAGGGUGCAGAUGUGCACACGCCUUGGACCCUCAGCACUGCUGCGCUGUCACAUGCUCGCGUGUCCCUUGGUGAGACCUACCCCACCCCCGUCGUCAUUGCGCCUGAAUGGAGCAGACAUGUUAACAAGAAACCGAUGGGCCCGGGCCCUUCGCCGAGAGGAAAGAAAGGCCCAUCUCACACUCCUAAACAACAUCGGAACAGAGGCAUAGAUUUCUACUUUUCCAGAAGCAAAGAUCUGUGAUCUGCCUCAACACAGACACUGAACACGUCGGCGGAUGCUCGGGGGAUGGAAACUCCAGUGAUGCAAACUUGGGCUGUUGCUGUAAAAUCAGUGUUGCUCACAUGCUGGUUUAGGGAAGCUAAUUUGCAGAUGAAGCACGUGAUCCUACUCAUUCUUGAAUACUUGAAUUUCACUGAUCUAUAUGUAACUGUGCCAGCAGUUCCUUAGAAAAGUCAUGCUCAUAUAGCACACCUCAUGGACUUCUUUUUAUGUUUCCUGUUACGCUCAAGCAGCAGUGAAAGCCACACUGCGGCUUUUAGCUUUGAUGGAGUAGAUCAGCUAUGAUAAUCUAACUUUCCACUGAUGUUUUGGGGCAGACUGUUUUUCUUAAAUGUCUUUUUUGGAUAUACAGCUGUUAAGCUUUUUUAUAUUGCCUAUUUGUGGCAGUUAUAAAAAUAAAACUGGUAAACUGAA